CAAAGUAUUGUACACUCACUGCACAACGAAAUGCAAAGAAACCCAUUUACACAAGGGGUUUGGACAGAAGAAGAAUAAUAAAAUGUCGAAAAAGAGGAAAAACGACGCUGCUGGCAACGUCAUCAGAAUCGGAGACAAAGUGAUCUCCCUGGAGGGUUAUCUGACAAAAAAACCGAAAACAGAAGAUUCUCGUGCUUCGGAGCCGGGCUCAGACACCGCCGACGCCGCGAGACAGCAGCCAGAGUCAUCAAAAACUGACUUGACCCCUGACGGAACAAAGAAGUCGAGUCCCUCUGAAUUCGUACCUUCCAGGCCGCCAGCCGGCGAUCCGCAAUAUUUCGAGGCAAGAAAAGCUCUUCCGUUAUGGACGCGCCAGGAUGAGAUCCGCCGGAUUCUGCGGCAGAAGGAUGUUCUCGUCCUCGUGGGUGAGACGGGCUCGGGGAAAAGUACCCAGGUUCCUCAAUUCCUGUACCAGGAAAAGUGGUGCCAGAGGAGAAGAGUGAGGAUCAAACCGAGUGAGGGCGAAAAGGCGCAGGAAGUGAGCGUCGGCGGCAUGAUUGCAAUCACCCAACCGAGGCGGGUAGCAGCAACGACGCUGGCCCAUCGUGUCUCCCGAGAGGCAGGCACACCGCUCACCGGACAGAAAGGUGGCGGGGACGGCAACGGCGCCGACUCAAAGGGCCUGGUGGGUUACUCGGUCCGCUUCGACCACCGGGUUCCCGCCGGUACCAAGAUCAAGUACCUGACCGAGGGCAUGCUUCUCCAAGAACUCCUUCGCGACCCUUACUUGCGGCAAUACAGCGCAAUCAUCGUUGACGAAAUCCAUGAGCGGAGCGUUGACGUCGACCUGCUGUCCGGAUUCCUCAAGCAGAUCAUCUCGGGAGACAAGGCUGGCCGGGGCGGGAUCCCGCUCAAGGUGGUCAUCAUGAGCGCAACGGCAAACGUCGAGGGAAUCAGGCAGUUCUUCUCCACAGCAGGACCUGGAGGCUCAAAGUCCAAUCGGCCACAGUCGUCCGUCGAAUAUCUCCAGAUCGAGGGAAGGCAAUUUCCGGUCGAUAUCAUUCAUACACCAAAACCGGUCCCGGACAUUCAAGAAGCACUUCUCAAGACGAUCUUCAAGCUGCACACCGAGGAGGCGCUCUCGGAUAAGUACGGCAGGAAGGACAUUCUGGCAUUUCUCACCGGCCAGGAGGAGAUCGAGUCGGCCCAGAAACUGAUCGAAGAAUACGCCUCGACACUUGCGCCCGGGUUGCCCAAGGUCAAGGUGUUCCCUUUGUUUGGUCAACUCUCGAUGGAGGCACAGCACGAAGCAUUCCAGCCCAUUAAGGGCGGUCACACGCGAAAGAUAGUUUUGGCAACCAACAUCGCCGAGACCUCCGUCACCGUUCCCGGGGUGCGAUACGUCAUUGACUGCGGCAAGGCGAAAUUGAAGCAGUUUCGUUCGAGGCUAGGCAUGGAGUCAUUGCUCGCAAAGCCAAUCUCAAAAUCAUCGGCCAUCCAAAGAGCCGGCCGAGCGGGCCGUGAAGGACCCGGAAAGUGCUACAGACUCUACACCCAGGAGACAUACGACAGCCUGUACGACAGAGAUCUCCCCGAGAUUUUGCGGACCGACAUUCUCAGCGCGAUCCUGACCAUGAAAGCAAGGGGGGUUCAGGACGUCUUCUCCUUCCCUCUGAUGGAUCCUCCCCAGCCGGAAUCGGUCGAGAAGGCUCUUCUGCACCUCCAUAUUCUCGGGGCUCUCGAUGAUAACGGCGCCAUAACGGAGACGGGUCGCAGGAUGGUGCAGUUUCCCGUUUCGCCGCCAUAUGCUCGGGUCCUUCUGGCGGCGGCGGAGCCAAAGUAUGACUGCCUCCUGGAGGUGAUUGACAUAAUCUCGUGCAUCACGGCUGGCGAGGACAUCUUUCAUCAACUGCGCACCGAGGAGGCUAGGGAAGAAGUUGAGGAGUACCGGAAGGAGCUCUUCCGUCGGGAAGGAGAUCUCCUGACCUACCUGACGACCAUGCAGCUUUAUGCGGCCGAGAACACCGACCGAGUGAAGUGGUGCAAAGACCGCAAGAUCAAUCUGAGAAAUAUGAAACAGGCCCUCAACAUCCGCAAACAGCUGCGAGGGCUCUGUGUACGGCAGGGAAUGAUGGAGCAGCAGCCGCCAGAUCCGCAGCCGUUCUCCCCAACCUCGCCGGAACAAGCAAGCUCGAUCCUGAAGUGCUUCCUGACGGGAUUCUCGAUCAAGACAGCGAUCCUGGCGCCCGAUAACAGCUACGUCACGUCUCAUGGUAAACACGUCAUCGCCAUACAUCCGGCCAGCGUGCUUCACGGGCAGAAGAAAGAGGCCAUAAUGUUUUUAGAACACGUCUACACGCAAAAGAGCUAUGCGAAAAAAGUCAGCGUCAUACAGGCUGUAUGGAUUGCAGAGGCCCUGGAAGGGUAGGACGCUUACAGAGGGCUAUUUAACAUGGGAAGGGAACCGGAUGGACGCUGAUUACAUCGGGCUUGACUUGGAAUAAAGGAGCAAAGAGAGAUAAACGGAGGGACGAGAUUAGGCUCAGGGACAACCGAUUCCAAAAAGAUCAAGAUGAGCAAGACACGAAAAAUCUGAGCGGACCACUCUGCUGCUGAUUUAUAAGAACAAUAGAAUCUUAGAGGUUACACCUUUGUCCCAGG